CAUCAUCAUCAUCAUCAUCGUUGUUUUUAGUCUCGGACUCAAACAUGGAAGGUGGCCUUUGAUCUUCCUCACCGGAGACUUAAACUCACCUGGAAAUGAGAAUCGGGACCCUAAAACAGGAUAAACUGCCUGGAACAAUGGUUCAGUCUGUGGUGUUGACAGUCGUGAUGCAUAUCCUCCUGCUAUCCAAUGGUGCUCGGUGUUUGGAGCCUGAGGAGGGCGCCUCUCUCCCCUCCGGCGCCCUGCAGCUCCCGUGGCAGGAUGAGCUGUGCUGUGACUCACCUUCAGCCCACCUGCCUGCAGACGGCGACAUCACACACGCACCGCACUCACGCCUUUCCCUCUGCAGCUUCCGGGGCUCGACAAAUGGAUCGAAUACUCGUGAGUCUAUUGGCGGCACCUGUUUGGACGUACUGUGCAAGAUUGAUGAAAACUGGGAAAAUGUAACAUGUCUCUUACAACCAUUAACGGUGGAUGCUGGUCCUCUGGCUGUAAGUCUGCAGUGGCUGGUUUCACAGAAAGAGGACUCAGAUGUAAACAAUGGGAAUACUGCUCCCAUUGUCUGUAAAGCGAGUUCAUCCUUCAUGUGUUCACUCGCUCUUGAGGCUGCGACCAACCUUGUCGCUGUGAUGAGCAUCAGCAUCUCCUACGCCAACGCUCCUCCUGUUCUCCUCAGGAUCCCUGACAGGCCUGUGAAACCGAGUCCACCGUUCAACCUGUCACAUAUUCAGACCAUUGAAGCUGAGCUCAUUGUACACUGGGAAGACCCUUCAGACUCCAUCGGUCCGCUGAGAUACGAAGUCCGACACUCUUCCAACACCAUUCAUCCAGAAUGGGAGGUGGUGUCUGCUGCAGAGCCCAGGUUGCCUCUGGAGCUGAAACCCGGGCUGACCUACACCAUCCAGGUUCGCUGCUCCUCUCUGGACGAACCUCCACUAUGGAGCGACUGGAGUAAACCUCACAACAUCAAGCUGGACAAGUUGAGCUACAUCCCUGAGAAAGUAGUGACGCGACCAGGGGAGAACGUAACAGUGUAUUGCAUAUUCAACGACCACAGCACCAACGCCAGCAUGGCCCACUGGGAGCUGAACUGGAAACAGUUACUUCAUAGGAGUCUGUACCACCCAGUCAACCAGUGGGUCAGCCAGAUCACAAUACGUUCUUCGGAGACUCGGAUGUACGACAUUCUGAGAUGCACUCAGUGGCCGAUACAUCCGUACAGCCAGAUCUACGUAGAAGGAGCCCCCAUUGAUAUCAACUGUUCAACCAACGGUGAUAUUGAUGCGAUGGACUGCAGCUGGAAUAUCACACAGUGGACUAUAUCCCAAAUCGGAUACAGGUGGGCCGACCUGCCGUGCGACAUCAUGGAGGAGAGGGAAACAGCGGGUGAGGAAUUGGGGCAGAAGGGGCCGGCUUGCCUGCGAGUUCGACCCAAGGUGAAAACGUGCACCAUUCAGCCUCUGAGGAUGAGCUGCUACAAGCUGUGGGUGGAGAUGUCGUCCGAGCUGGGCCCCAUCAAGACUAAACCCAUCUACCUGUCGCCCAUAGACCAUGUAAAACCCCACGCGCCCACUAACGUGAGGGCAGUGACCCAAAGCAACGGGGUCCUGAGGGUCACGUGGGAGCCUCCGUCUCUGCCAGCAGAGGGACUCCAGUGUCAGCUUCGGCACUACUCGCCCUCUGCUGUCAAAGCCCAGCCGGAGUGGAAGACCCAGAGGCCAGUACAGGUUCCAAGGAUGGAGCUCGCCGCGUCGGACAUGUGCCGGUUGUAUGUGGUACAAGCGCGCUGCAUGCACUUCAACGGCAAAGGCUACUGGAGCGAAUGGAGCGAUCCGGUCUACUCCACACCGCAGAACAGCAGAGCUCCGAAGCGCGGCCCAGAUUUCUGGAGAGUCCUUCAACAUGAUCCACACAGCAACCAGACUAUUGUUACUCUGCUAUUUGAGCACCUCCACACAGCAGGGCGCUCUUUUUGCAUAGAUGGAUUUAUAGUCCAGUUCCAGGCUUCGAGUGGCUCUGUGAUCAGGGAGAAGAUCGACGCGGCGUCGUCCUACAGCUUCCAGUGGGACCAGGAGCUCCAGAUUGUGACUGUGGAGGCGUAUAACCAUCUGGGGAGCUCCACCAGCAACAUCAACAUGACGCUGGAGACACAACCAAAACGCCGCGCUGUGCGUUCCUUCACCGUGUCACUCAUCAACAGCACCUGUGUGUCUCUGUCCUGGAGUCUGUUGGACAACAGCUCUGUCCCUCUGUUCAUGGUGGUCCAGUGGUCUCCACAGAGGCAAGAGGACUCUGAUCAUCACAAGGACCGUAGUGACAAGACAUGGGUCAGACUCCCCUACACAGACUCCCCCAUCCAUCUGAGAGGGGAUUUCUUAGGCUGUGAGCAGUGCGGCUUCUACUUGUACCCAGUGUUUGCUGAUCGAGAGGGGGUGCCAAUGUUCGCCUUGGCCACCAGACGAGACCCUGCAGCUUACAUUAUGUUGAUGAUGAUCUCUUUCCUCUCCCUGGUCCUGGUUGUCACCCUGAUUGUUUCCCAAAAACAAAUGAAAAAGCUUGUGUGGAAGGACGUGCCCAACCCAGAGAAAUGCUCCUGGGCCAAAGGACUGGACUUAAAAAAGGCUGACACCUUUGACCAGUUUUUCCUCCUUCCAGAAGGUCGGCCUCUUACAUGGCACCUGGACCUGCCGUCUGAGAAUAUUUCCAAUUGUAACGUGGAGGGCAACCAAAGCCAGGCAAUGGAGAGUGGGGGGCUCCUAGUUGGAGCUCCUUCUUAUCUAAAUGUUUUAGUCAGUUCAAGUCAACCAGUGGACCAGUUACAGCUACAACAUCCACCAGCAGACCUGCCUCCAGACCUCAACGACAGCGCUGCUCAGUCCGCAGUCACAUACGCCACUGUGCUUAUCUGUGACCUGAAGCGCGAGCAACCGCCCCUUCAUCUCCACGACAAAGAUUGGAGCGGCGGGGGCAAUUUCUCUUCCAACUCGAACAUUUCUGGAUUUUUCCCCGGCGGUCUGUGGGAGCUGGACUGCCGGCCAGCUGGAGAAACGAACGCGCCACGACGUUCCUGCUCCGACAACUCUAUGGAGGAGCCUUCCAAGACGUCGGAGCAAGAAGAUGAAGAAGAGAAGGCGAGAGAAGAGAAAGACCUCUGCUGUCUGACUGACUAUCCAGCAGCGGAUGAGGGAAGCCGUGAAGAAAAGACCAAUAUUAAGCUGCUCAAAAAUGUAGAUUUCAACAGAGAGGAGGAGUCUGAGGAUUCACACGCUCUGCUCGGCCCCGAGGACUCGAGCGAGCCGCUGUCAGCGUCGACACAAAGCGUUCCUCUGCUUUACCUGCCUCAGUUAAGAAGUGCUCCGUGUACGAUGCACCUCACAGCUCGACCGUGAAUCUGCGACUCUCACGCAGAUCGCAUUUAAAUGCAAAUGUGUAUCUUUAGUGGGUUUGCACAUGUUCCUUCAGAGCUGAAAAAUGUGAAAACACUUGAUCAACAUUUGAUAUUCAUGAAUGCUGCUAUUAUGUUCUGUGGGUGAAGACCUCAUAAUCCUCAUCUAUUGAUGUUUCUUUCUUUAAAAGACAGAUUUUCUCCCGUGCCACACUGCUCCUCUGCACCAGCGGAGUAAUCUAAACUUUUCAAUGGAGCUUAGGAGAGCAAUGUACAGUCCUUACAGACAGGAACUACGAGCAAGCUGUGUAUUAGUGAGGAAGUGAGGAAUAGAGGUGGGCAGUAGAAGCCUUUGUGGUUAUAAACAAAGGUUUAAAGGGAAGAAAUACACUGUUAGUACGGUCAUAAUCUGCAGUUUGGAUUGAUUGUGCUGAAAUGUAUUUGAAAUGUAUAGUUUGUAAGGGUAUGUGAUAUUAUCUUUUUCUGUGUUUGGCCAUUAAUAUAUAAAUUCACUGUCUGGUGUGUACAAAAAAGAUAAAAAAAUAUCUGUGGAACGAGAGGAUUGAAGUGGUUAAAUAUUGCUUGUAUAUUGAGGUAUUCCGUCUAUUUUUCCGAGUUAAAAUUAAGUGUUUAUUGUGUAUGGUAAUUGUUUCAGUUUCAUGUGCAAAAGUGAAAACUUCAGACACUGUUGGAGGAGCAAGGGUAUUCAGAGUUUAUUAAAGCCUUGAUUGGCUACACACAGUAGAGUUUAACAAUAAAUACUGCAAGUUUCAACCUG